AUUGAAUGGGGAGACGGAGCGCGAGCGAGGCGCGCGCGCGCACACCCGCGCACACAGGGCCCCGCUCGCUCCGAGAUCCCCGGCCACGUAAGUAACUAUUAAUACCGCCUCGCCGGGAGUUGCGGGCGUGCUGAGCUCGGGGAUUGGCCUCGGGCACGAUCGGCCAUCCCCUUCGAUUUUAAAUACACAUUCCGCUUACCUCGGGGGGAGAAAGAAAGAAAGAAAAAAUAAUAAUAAAAGACGAAGAAGAAAAGCCAUCAAUUUUCUCCAAAACAGACCCCACCGGGCAAUUUGGGCUUUUCGGGUAGGGGGAGACGGAGUUGUCGUAAAUUAUUCCAAGGCAAGAUCCAGGUAUCCAGCGGGAAAGGAACGCCGCAGGUUGGCUGGGCUGGGGGCGCAUCCCCUUCCAGCGCCCGGAGGAUCCCCCGGAAGCUCGUGCCGGGGGAAUCGGAGACCGCCGAGCCACCCUCGUCCCUGCCCGCACUUCUCCCUUUUUUUUUUUUUUUUUUUUUUUUUUUUUUCUUUUUUCGGAGGACGAUCUGGAGCACGAGCGAGCAGCGACAGCAUGAGCCUGUGCUGACCUCCGCCCGGCGGGCCAACCCGGGCUUUGUCGCGGUACCUGCGCCCGGCCCGCGCCGCAACUCCGUGCCCGGCUUUUGCAAUCUUUUGUUGGUAGCGCUGACCGCUCCAAGUUAAAUGCUCCCUCGCUAUUCUUUUUUUUUUCUGUUCUUUUUUUGUCUGUUUGUUUAAAUUUUGGAGAGCUCUUGCGAUCUUGGAAAAGCCUCAGACGCCAUCUACAGUUAAAACGUAGGUAACUACCCUCUCCGGCGCCCCCUCUUCCACGCCCCCCACCCUUUCCACCAAAAAAGGGGGUGCAGCGCGGAUUCUGUCUGCCGUGCGGCGCGAGCCGGUAGACCCGUGCUUAUUUCCUUUUUCUUUUUGUUUGGUUUUCUAACGCGUUGAGACUGAGCCGCCGCCGUGCGCCCCUGGAAGAUUGCACGAACUACGGCCGGGCUCCUCCGCCCCGUCUGCGUUUCGGAAGCCUGCGUGGGGAUCGCUUCGGGAGACCGGGCGCUGCAGCUCCCCACCUUAGCAAUCCGGUUACUCGCCUAGCUAGAUCCGCGUUGGAAAGCGAGCGGGAGAGAGAGAGAGAGAGACUAAAAGUGCGGGGAUUCUGCAGAUCGCUGGCUGCUUUGGGGUAACAAAGGGACCCGAGUUGCUGCCGACUGAGCACCCCCGGGAGCCGGGCUCGGAGCAGACAAGGUGCCCGGCGGCGCCCAUUUGGGGGCUUCUAACUCUCUCUCCACGUCGCCCCUCUCCCGUCCCCUCCCCUCUCGUUCCCUUUUAAAAUCCGUGGCACCGAGGCGCCUGCAGCCGCACUCGCCAGCGACUCAUCUCUCCAGCGGGUUUUUUGUUUGCCGAGUGCGAUCCCCACACUCAUGAACAUACACAGGUCUACCCCCAUCACAAUAGCAAGAUAUGGGAGAUCGCGGAACAAAACCCAGGAUUUCGAAGAGUUGUCGUCUAUAAGGUCCGCCGAGCCCAGCCAGAGUUUCAGCCCGAACCUCGGCUCCCCGAGCCCGCCCGAGACUCCGAACUUGUCGCAUUGCGUUUCUUGCAUCGGGAAAUACUUAUUGUUGGAACCUCUGGAGGGAGACCACGUUUUUCGUGCCGUGCAUCUGCACAGCGGGGAGGAGCUGGUGUGCAAGGUGUUUGAUAUCAGCUGCUACCAGGAAUCCCUGGCCCCGUGCUUUUGCCUGACUGCCCACAGCAACAUCAACCAAAUCACCGAAAUUCUCCUGGGGGAGACCAAAGCCUAUGUGUUCUUUGAGCGAAGCUAUGGGGACAUGCAUUCCUUUGUCCGCACCUGCAAGAAGCUGAGGGAGGAGGAGGCGGCCAGACUUUUCUACCAAAUCGCCUCGGCUGUGGCCCACUGCCACGACGGGGGGCUGGUGCUGCGGGACCUAAAGCUGCGGAAAUUCAUCUUUAAGGACGAAGAGAGGACCCGGGUCAAGCUGGAAAGCCUGGAAGAUGCCUACAUCCUGCGGGGGGACGAUGACUCCCUCUCAGACAAGCACGGCUGCCCGGCUUACGUAAGCCCAGAGAUCUUGAACACCAGCGGCAGCUACUCGGGCAAAGCGGCCGACGUGUGGAGCCUGGGAGUGAUGCUCUACACCAUGUUGGUGGGGCGGUACCCUUUCCAUGACAUUGAGCCCAGUUCCCUCUUCAGCAAGAUCCGGCGGGGCCAGUUCAACAUUCCAGAGACUCUGUCGCCCAAGGCCAAGUGCCUCAUCCGAAGCAUCCUGCGGCGGGAGCCCUCAGAGCGGCUGACCUCGCAGGAAAUUCUGGACCAUCCUUGGUUUUCUACAGAUUUUAGCGUCUCGAAUUCAGGAUAUGGUGCUAAGGAGGCGUCUGAUCAGCUGGUGCCGGAUGUCAACAUGGAAGAGAACUUGGACCCUUUCUUUAACUGAGCUCACGCCCCACAGAGACUUAAGCAGGUACCAGGAGCGAGAGAGGGCAGAGGAAAGUCCUUCCGGGGCACGCACGUCGCCUGGCUUGGUGUUAAGACAGACACUGACACUCAACGUUUUCUCGGUUCAGAGAAGGAGAACCUUCAAGGAGCUGACCGAACAUGUAGCAUGGGGGUGAGAGAUGUGGGGUGGGAGUCUGGGGUCAGGUCGGAGGGGUGGGAGCCCCUGGCGCUUCCCCCUUCCCUGACGCGGCCCCCGGAGCCCACCCCUGCCAGCGGGGCUGUUUCUGCCUACCCCACUUUUCAUUUGUUCCAAAAUAGUUGCAGAUCCUGACGGAGCCCAAACUCUCUGCCUCAACCACACAUCUUGGCAUCGCACUGUUAGCUUUUAACUUCUUGUCACGAUUCAGGGAAGGUACAAUUGGCCAAGGAUUCUUUCUUUCUUUCUUUUUCUUUUCUUUCUUUCUUUUUUCUUUUUUUCUUUUUUUGAAACAAGCCAGCCACCUACCUGAUAAUUAUUAAUGGGGUUCAUUUAAAAAACAAUUCGGUGCACACAGACUGACCUGAAACCUGGGUGCUAAAGCUAAAAGAAAAUAAAAGUCCAGUUUGUGUCUCUUAAUCGCUCUUUUCAACUCAUUUCUUCUAAAUAAACGAUUUGCCAUCCUGGUCAGGAAAUGACACGUUGAUGCUCUGCUCCCUGAAGGGGGAAGAAAAAAAAAAAAAAAGUCUGUCCUUUAACAAAGUGAUUCUGUUUUGUGUCCACGGGUUUGUGGCAGGAAGCUAUUAGAAGUCAAACUUCCAGAGGCAUUACCGCUAUUAGAGUUUAAAGAAAGGAAAGGAAGGGAAGGGAAGGAAAAAAGAGAAGUCCACUCCCGAAUUUCUUUCCUCUGAACAACGAGGGCUGCCUUAUAGAUGGUCCUCUCUGCUGGGACGAUGGCACCAGGGCCAGGUUAGCGGGAGGGGCAUAUUGAGAGUCUGAAGCUUUUCGCAACACUCUGUUCUCAACGAAACCUCUUGUCUCUGUUUUAUUGGAUAACCAGUGACGCAGAGCAGGUUGUCACACGUGAUGAAAUCCAGGGCAGCUAUUUUGUUUCCUUUAGGAAGAACAAUCCUUUUGGCUCGGAAGGCCCUCUGGUUUGGACAAAAACCCUCGGUAGAGACAAGCGGGAAGAAACAUCAGCUGAAAGCUAGGAUGUUAUAAAUACAAACAGCUCUCUGUCCCAAUACGCACCUUUGUGUUUUCAAGAACUCUUCUAUUUAUUAAGGAAAAUGUCACAUUGUGAUGUAUUAAGCGAGUACUUCAAUUACGGGUUGACUUGGGAUGACGUUACAUGCUGUAGUUAACAUUUAUAUAUAUAUAUUUUUUUUUCUCGUUUGAGUAUCUCUGUCCCUGAAAUAACCUUUUGUUUGGCUUUUCUAGAUAGCUUUGUUUGAUUUCGAGUGGCAACUGUUUUUUAUUACGGCUUUUCUAUUGCUGUAUGAUACAGAACACUUUUGGCAUAAAUAUUUGUGUUUCCAGUACCUCAGUUGUUUGGAUUUUACCACCUGUAUACGUUUUGUGAAAUGGUCAUGUUUUUGGGUAGGUAACACGUGGACUCUAGUAUGUAAAUGUUACUUGAAUCUGUGCUUCAUUAUAGUAUGUAGCAUGUAUGUGCAGACCUUGGAUGCUUUAUGCCUGUUCAGCAGGGGCUCAGCCUUCACGUUCCCAGGAGGGCGGCUUAACCGUUCAUAGUCAGGAGACAAGGCGGCCAUGAUUCUAUUUUGAUAACGGAAGAUAACAAAGGAGAGAGGUUUUUGUUUGUUUGGGUUUUUUUUUUUGUUUUGUUUUUUUGUUUUUGUUUUUGUUUUUCACAUUCUGAAGAUGGUGCUGUGUCAAGAAGGACCUGUUUUUCUCCCCCGUCCCCUAUUUUUUAAGUACCCUGUAGGAGGAAAGGUUGGUGGCAUGCAUGCUGGGAAUCUAUGGCCUCUGGUGCUUUGUCCUGUAUUUGGUUUAAUGUUUUUGUCCUAAUCUCUUCAAUCAAUAAAAUUGUGCGUAUUUAACUAA